CUGUUUCUCGGUUCUGGUAUCGAUAUGCAACUUAGGAGAUGGAUUUUCAGUGAUGCGGUUUUCGGUCUUGCGGGAUAACGGGAGCUGACGUCUGGGAUGGCCCAGCGUGCCGACGGAGCUGCAGAGCUGGAUGCGGUAGUGUAGCCGAGCCCCUCCAUGCUGCUCAGUCGUGAGGGGCACAGCCUCUGGCGGGGCGGGCGGACCGAGUGGACUGUAACAGGGCGCAGUGAUGAUAAAUGGCCCGUUUAAAUUGGGCGCUGUUCAACUUCUGUCUGGCUGGCCGAUGCAGUGCCUAGCACCAGGUCUUCAGGACGCGGCAACCAUGAACGGGGCCGGGGAGCAGGCCGACAUCCUGCCCGCCAACUGUAUGGUCAAGGAGCGAUGGAAAGUGCUGAAGAAGAUUGGGGGAGGAGGUUUCGGGGAGAUCUACGAAGCUGUUGAUACGGUGACGAAAGAGAACGUGGCACUAAAGGUGGAGUCAGCCCAGCAGCCCAAACAGGUUCUCAAGAUGGAAGUAGCAGUCCUGAAGAAACUGCAAGGAAAAGACCAUGUUUGUAAGUUUGUUGGAUGUGGAAGAAAUGAAAAGUUCAACUAUGUGGUCAUGCAACUUCAGGGAAGAAACCUUGCCGACCUCAGAAGAAGUCAGCCACGCGGGACCUUCACAAUGAGCACAACCCUGCGCUUAGGAAAGCAGAUCUUAGAAUCAAUAGAAGCCAUUCACUCUGUCGGGUUCCUGCACAGGGAUAUCAAGCCUUCUAACUUUGCAAUGGGACGGCUCCCCUCAACAUACAGAAAAUGCUACAUGUUAGACUUUGGUCUUGCACGACAAUACACCAACACUAAUGGAGAAGUCAGACCUCCUAGAAAUGUUGCAGGAUUUCGGGGAACAGUUCGCUAUGCUUCAGUUAAUGCACAUAAAAAUAAAGAAAUGGGUCGUCAUGAUGACUUGUGGUCCUUAUUGUACAUGUUGGUUGAAUUUGCAGUUGGUCAACUGCCGUGGCGCAAAAUUAAGGAUAAGGAGCAAGUGGGCCAGAUCAAAGAGAGAUAUGACCACAAGAUACUUCUCAAACACAUGCCUACAGAGUUCUCCAUCUUCUUAGACCAUGUAGUAGGCCUUGAUUAUUACACCAAACCAGACUAUCAGCUCUUAAUGUCGGUGUUUGAGAACUGCAUGAAGGAGCGCGUCAUAACGGAGAACGAGCCGUUCGACUGGGAGAAAGGAGGCACCGACUCCUUGCUAUCAACCAGCACCUCCACCCCACCACAGCACAACACAAGGCAGACUGCAGCCAUGGUGGGGAUCGUCAAUGUGACUCCGGUGCCCGGGGACUUGCAGAGGGAGAAUACGGAUGAUGUCCUCCAAGACGAGCACUUCAGUGACCAAGAGAAUGCUCCUCCGGUGAUCCCCGUGCGACAGGGAGAUGUCCAACCGCCGAACGAGGAAGUAUGGGAAGACACAGACUUCAACCGCAACAAACUCAGGAUCAGCAUCAGCAAGGCGCAGUGUCCCCUGGAGGAGGAUGCCAGCCGAGGGGCCUGUCCUGUCUCCCCGGUCAGAGGCCCCCCAGAAUCUCCUAGUGUCCAGGUGCGCUCUCUGCGAAACCGGCGGGUCACCAGCCCCGAGUCUGACCGGCUCUCAGCCGCUGAAGGAAGGGCGGACGUCUGCGACAGAAGGUCUCGAAUGGAUAUCCUCGGCUCCCCAUCCAGGCAGGUGUACUCCUCCCAGCCAGCUCAGAUGCUGUCUGUGGACACGGGGCAGGGGGACAGGCAGGUCAGCGGCCGGAUCGAGGUGUCGGCCUCCGUGGAGCACGAGGCCCUCAGCAACGCCUUCAAAUCGGUCCCCCUGGCGGAGGAGGAGGACUUCGACAGCAAGGAGUGGGUCAUCAUCGACAAGGAGACGGAGCUGAAGGACUUCCACCUGGGGGCCGAGCCCAGCACCUCGGGCACGACGGACGAGGAGGCGGAGGAGCUCCGGCCCAUCGAGGACAGCGAGGAGCGCAGGAGGGGCCACGGGGGCACCGAGGCCGUGGUGAGACCAAAGACGCAGGAAGGGAGGUCCCGGGGCAUGCUCACCGUGGCCGAGGAGGACGUGUCGCGGAGGAGCGGAGGCCGGGGCCAUUCGGCGUCGGAAAGCCGGCAGGAGAUGCCCAGCGCCAGCCCCGCCCAGUCGCCGUGCCACUCGAUGCCUUCGGCUCGGCCCAAGCGGAGGGAGUCGGAGCCGUCUGGACCGCACAGACCGUUGGAGGAGGAAAGGCAUUCCCAACAUUCUUUCCUGAGAACCAACCAAUUGAGAAGAUUGGCCUCCUAUGUCUUCUCCUCCUCAACUCUGGAAACGGAGCAGUACCCUCACCCAGGCGGCACGUUCCUCCAGCGCAGUCGUUCGGCUGAGAGCAGCCCCGCUCGCAUUCCUGGCAGAAGGCACAUGCCACUCUUGCCUGGGAAUUCAAGACCUAGGCAUUCCCUCCUCAGUGCAUCCAGGUUACAGGUACUGUCGCCCAAACCUUUUGAGCAGAACGGUCUGCCUUUGCCGGUGCCUUCUUUGCCUUACCAAGACUACAGAUCAAAGGACCUGGGCCUUGAGAAGGAGCCUGUCAGGCUGCACGGUCUCCCCCAGCAGCGGCAGAAGAGAGUCGAUUUCCUGACCAUCGUGUUAACCGGUGUCUUGCCACACCGCCCCGACUUUAGCACGGAUGUCAAGGACAAAGACGACGCAGACAUGCGGAGGGCUGGGGCCGAGCUGCAGAGCGAGUCGAGCAGCGAGCCGAGCCAGAAAAGCACCGAGCGGAGCCAGGACGGAGCCCCCUCCACGCUCCUGGCCGACGACCAGAAGGAAUCCAAGGGCAAAACCUCCACGGUGGAAGGAGACCUGGACAUGGAGGAAGGGUCCAAAACGCUCGUUCUGUUUUCCCCGGGCGACAUGCGGAAGUCCCUUGCAGCGGGUGAUCUGGCCCCUGAUGCCGACCUGGGCACGAUGGCCGCCGUCACGCCUCAGAGCGAGAGGCCACAGCCCCUGGGGAGCCAGCUGGAUGUCUCCGAGCCAGGGACGCUGUCCUCGGUGCUGAAGUCGGAACCAAAGCCCCAGAUCGCGGCCACCGUUGCUUCCUCUCAGUUCACCAAAGUCGAGCGCACUUUUGUCCAUAUCGCCGAGAAGUCGCACCUAAACAUUAUGUCUUCCAGUGGCCAGCAGGUGAGGCAGGAUGACUAUGUCUUCUUUGGUCCAGCAGAGGAACCCUCGGGUGAAGGGGAUCUCCCAGAGAAAGAGGCCCCGAAGGAGAAUGGAGAGCGGAGCUCCUCGGAAAAGGAAGCAGGGCCAGAGAGCUCUGCACAGGCCGCUGCCCCGUCUGAAGCUUCGACUCGGAGCCCCACGGAGGAACCCAAGGUCCAAAACGGCUUUGACAUCUCCACCGAAAAUGAAUCGGAACCGAAAGCUGAAGACAUUCCUCCUCUCGUCUCCCUGGAGUCUGAAUCGGUCAUCGCAGAGAUCUCUCCGGUGGUGCACCAAGAGCGUGAACCCGAAGAACCAAAAGAGGCCGUUUUGCAGGUAGAACACAAGGCUGAGCCCCCAGAGAAAGCUGUGAUAAGCAAGCCCCCCAGGGAACAAUAUAAAAGCCGAAUACCUGUUUUGGUUUCUGAAGAAGACACCGGUUCGGAUCACUCAACUUCCCUCCCUUCCAAAGAAAGAGUCCACAAGAGGCAAAAGCAGCAAUAUCUGGCUCGAUUGAUUAUUGAGAAACGGCAGGGACGCUUGAUGAGACUGGCUUCAGGGGCAUCGUCUUCAGCCUCCUCCGAGGAGGACCGCAGAAGAGUGUCAGAGACGCUGUCAGCCACAGGUUCUGAAGAGGACACGCAUGACUCUGAUGACUCCUUCACCAAGAAAGCUUUCGGUCUGAAGCCCAAAUCCUCGGACCAGGAUCUGGAAAGGCAGCGGCCCAGGAGCAGAAUUCCUCGUCCCAUCACGCCUUUAAAAAAGGUUUCACCCCCUCCAGUGUCCAGUGGCCCAUUAUCUCAAACAGGACCCAGCGUCUCGAAAUCUCCACCUCCAGUUGUAAAUAGGCUUCAGAUGCAAAAACCAGGGAAUGCAGGCAUGAAUGUCCAUUACGACCUGAGGUCAAAACCGAUGCAAUCUCAGCCCCAGCCUUCGGCCAGCCCCGCCCUGUACCGCGGCAGCCCCCGAAUGCCAGUGCGCGGGACGUCCCGGGCCCCUGUGGCCCCGCCCCCGCGCAGCCUCAGCGCCUCGCCGCGCGGCUUCUCCGCCUCCCGGACGGACAGCCCCUCCCCGUCGCGCCAGCGCCGCCCGCCCCAGGCCGCGGAGGUGCGUCGGCAGCUCAUUUCGUUCCGGGCGAACACGGCGGCCCCGCUCAAGCCCAGAGCCCCGCCCGAGGACCCCACGCUGCCGCCCCCUGCCAGCAGCAGGCCCGCCCGGAAGCCCAGGCCCCAGCCCCUGGCGCAGCUCACCAGGGGGAGGCGGGAGGCCGCCGAGAGCAAGGCUGCCGCCAGAUAAUAACUCACUCUGAAACCGCCAGCCGCCCGACGGUAACGUCCUGCUUCUUUGUCUCCUUCAGAAGUCCAGCUCGCCUCAAGGUCUCCGCCCCAGGCCAAAUAAACAUUUCAGGUUUCUGUCUCAUCCUGCAGGGCCGUAGGUGUCUGCUCGGUUUCCUCACUGGACACGGCACAAAUGACACGGAUUAGUGUUGACGAUGCGGGGCCGUGUCACCAAAACUAGCUCAAGUGCAAAAAACGGGCACGGCUGCAAUCGACCCCAACUGUUACCAACUGUGUAUCGCUCUGGCAUCGUGGCCCUCUGACACUUGUGCGGUCUCAUUAGCGCACAGUUCCUGACACACUUACUGGCACCUCGUGUCUUUGCAUUAGUUCACCCGCUAGGCAGUGGUUCUCAGUCCAAGCCCGGGGGCGCCCCUGUGUCUGCUGGUUUUCUUUCCAGUCGGGCCCUUUAUUAUCAGUAAUCCCUGUUGUACGUGUUUGAUCUGCUUGCCUUUUUUUUUUACUUUUUUUCUGCACUCAGUCCUUGAUUUCAAAAGAACCCCAACAUCCUGUUGCUGUUCCCAUAACAUUUGUUUUUUAUGGGACAGGGUUGUUAGUCUUGUGCCCGACCUCCAACAUGGAGGAGCUGGUGCCCAAUGUGGGACACGAACCCACUACCCUGAGGUUAGAGUCUCAUGCUCUACCAACAGAGCUAGUCGGGGCGCCGAUUCUAUUAUACCUAAAUUAUAUUAAUAUGCUAUAUAUUAUAUUAUUAUAUUUUCUCCAACAACUUCAAAGUACAUAACUUUGUGACGUUUUUUCCACAAAUUACCAAUUGAGAAUUUUGUUUUUCACAUUUCUGAUUAAAAACUCCCUCUUUAUGAUGAACAGAAUGAUAAUGUACCAAACACUCUUCUUAUGUCCAGCUGGUCAAAGUUUCAGCUCACACACCCCUGAAUGAGGGGAGUUCAGAGGCGCAGGAAUUGGCAAAACAUUGAUACCAAUAACAUGUCCCUCCCAAAAACCAAAAACGUAUUAAGUGCUGAAAGCAGAUUUAAAAUGUGCUUCAAUUAAAGAUGAAAAUUGCAGUCACUUAGCCUGCAAUUAAGAAGUGAGCUGGAGCAACAGCCAGCAGACACAGCAGUUCAGGAGUAAGAACCAUUGAACCACAACAUCCGUAUAUGAUCCAUAAACACAGAGAAGGUGUCAUUGAACAAUAAAUGGAAUUUCAAAAACAUGGAUUAUACUAUCUAAAUGAUUGAAUAAUGUUGCUUUAGAUAUAGGGUCCCCAACAGUAACUAAAGCAACUAAAUUCCUACUUAUGACAAUUUAAGUUGCAAUGCAAAUAAGAUCUACUCUGUCAACCUUGGCAUUGCCCCUUCAAUUCAUCAUUAGACGAAAUCCCAACAAAAAGUAUUAGCAGAAAUAAAAAGGAACAGACUAAUUCAUAACGUAAAUCCAAUCUCAUCAUCCUGUCUGUCCUUGUUGAACAAAAACAAGGUGUCUUUUCAUUCCAAAUUCAUAGAAAGUAAUCCGACAUGUUAAAGAUAUUAAUGACAUGCAAGACACCUUGUUAGUAUUAUGAGAGCUUCCAGGAUAUUCUUUCUUCAUAAGUAGGACAUGAUCGUUUGUGCUAAAUUGGUUAAUACAAUCAUUUCAUUUUGGGACCACAUUUUUUAAUUAAUAUGUAUUGCUUCCAUGACUGAAUCGAGGUAAUUUUAGGCAGCUUUCUUUUCGUUCUGAAUACUUCUGCCAGCAAGCCCUUGUCAAAUAGUUGUGGAUGUCUUCUCAUCUUCUGACGUGCUUGUAGUCAAUAUGUCUCACAGGAGCUGAUAUUGUUCAAUACAUAUGUGCACUUUCACAGCAUUUUGCUUGUUAACUCCUGCAAUUCCAUUAAAGUGAAGUACAAGUACUCACUUAAUUCUUUAAGUUGUUACUGCUGCGUAUUCCAUACACCAUCUGCAGUUUAUUGUUUAACACAGAAAAUGUACUUAUCACAUAUUGCAGCCAAAGAUCCUUAGAGAAAUGUAUUUCUAAUCUAGAGAGGUAUCUUACAUGUGGACCAUGUUAUGUGUAGUACUGUAGUACUAUGCACCUGAACACCAGAACGUCAUCAUUUAUUUUGAGCUCAGUAUUAUCCGAUAUCACCUGUGUGUAAGUCCAGAGCACUUACACCUGAGAGGUUCAAAGUAAAACGCAGCCCUUCUGUGAAAGCUGUGAAUUUUUGUGUGUGGUAUAGUUGUUUGGGGACUGCAAGAGGUCAGUUCUUGUCCAUUUCUACUCUAGCGCAGCAAAGAGAUAGCUGCAGCACUCCUUAUUUACUGUAUGUUUUUCAUGAUAGGAAAAUGUUUUUCUCAACCUCACUUUAAAUUCACCGUGGACAAAAUCAAACCAUUCAGAUGUUCGACAAAUGAAGUGCAAAAAAUGGUGGUCAUGGUGUUACAAAGGAGUGUAAUUUAAUGUUCAUUUAAAUAUAAAUUGUAUUUAAAAAUGUAUAUUAAUAGAAUGUUCUAUUUAUUUAUUCAAUUAUUUAAUUAUGCAUGGCUUCAGGCAUUACCUUCAAAUUAGUUCUGAAUAAGCAUAGUGAACCUGAAAUGUUUGUUUGGUCUAAGGGGAAUUUAUGUAUAUGUACAUGUAUACUGUAUAUAUAUAUGUGUACAUAUGUAUAUGUAUAUAAAUUCCAAGGUUUUGGAAUAUGCAGCACUGAACCAAGCCCUGACUUUUGUUAUAAGCCUUCCAUUAAAAUGGGCAUGCCUUUUAAUAAUUCACAACUCAUUUUUGGUGUUUAGUAAUAAUAAUUUAAGUAAAGUCUGUACUGUAUAUAGAAUAAUUAUUUCUGAAAAAGAAACAUUUUUAUUUUUAUCUGGCCAGAAAGAAAAAAAGAUACAAAGUAUCUCUUUAUUUCUUUUUUAAAGGCAUUUGGGUGUUUAUGACGUUGAGCAAAAUAGAACACAUGCAUGAACACCCAUGAGGACUAGACCGUAACACGAAAAAUACUGGUAUCAGUCUUCAGUGUUCUGAGUCGCAUAUCUGUCUGUGAUUGUUUGACAGUGGGUUUGGUAGAAAAAGUAUUAAAUUCCUGAGAAGUCAACAGAGGAGAAAGCAAGGCGAUGCACAAUGAUUCAGAUUCAUUGUGAUGCUAUUUCUGGUAUAGAUCAGUAAGUGAAGUGGGGAGACAUAAGGUGUUGGGGUUGAUGGUUUAAGAGUUUAUUCCACUGACAGGUCCUCAGUGUCACUGAAGUAAAGAGAAAAGCAGACUGUAUUUAAGUUACCAAGACAUACUAAUCAAUUCAGCCUGGGACACCCAGGAAUAAUAAUCAAUCUUGAACUGGUCUCAAAUCACCCACUCUGAAUUCUAAAUAGAAAAUGUGAACCACAGGCAUCAGUGUCUUCACACACAUAACACUGCCUAAUGUAAAACCGAUUCUAGUCUUCUUUGUUUUAGUAAUAAUAGCAGGCUGAAUAAACUCCUGAAACAACAAAAACGAAAAUGUGUAUGCCUUACUAACAUAAUAACUGAAGUUGUAUGUUAUUUGUUAAGAUUUGAAUAAUGACCCUAAAUAAGAUAAUGGUUCAGUGAUAAAUAGUGUAUUCUAAAAACUCUUGAAACUUUUUUUUGUUCCUCUUGGAGUCUGAUUCCAUUGUGAUAUUCUAAGUCACCAUUGGCACAUAAGAGCAUAUAAAGGCUACAAACAUGCAUAAGACAGAAACUAGCCUAGAGGUAUGUAAAUGAAAGGCCUUCAGGAACACAGCUGAGUAGCUUGUUCAAGACACAUGGAAACCCAAAGCAAAACAGCUGCAAAAGUGCAGUCUUUCCUCAGCGUCGUUCUCGAAUUCUUACUUGAAAAACACUUGUUUAAAGUUAAUUAAUUCACCUUUCAUUCUCCAUAUUCUCCAAGUAUUAUCCCUGAGACUCUCCAUUCUUUACUGCUCUUGUGCUGUUAUUGAAACAUCUCCAUUGCAAU